GAAAAUCAGCCAAUGAAAACCCUAUGGAUCACAUGGUCUGAUCCACAGCCAGUCACGGGGACGGUGCAGGGCUGAACAGCGCUAUCAUUCCGUUGUGCGUGGGGUCAUCUAACAACGACAACAAAUUGUGAUCCACAUGUUACAGACAGGGAAACUGAGGCACAGAGAGGCAGAGUGGCUCGCCCAGGGUCCAGAGCCUGGGUUUGAACCCGAGUGGACGGCUGCGGCCCUUGCUAGCCAUUGGGGUGUCUCUGGCGGGUCUCAGCGUGGAGAGCUGAGCAGUGGUGGCAUCCCCCCAGGCCCCGGAGAGAGCGGGAAAAGCACGUUCAUCAAGCAGAUGCGGAUCAUCCAUGGGGCGGGCUACUCGGAGGAGGACCGCAAGGGCUUCCGGCCGCUGGUCUACCAGAACAUCUUCGUCUCCAUGCAGGCCAUGAUCGAGGCCAUGGACCGGCUGCAGAUCCCCUUCGGCAGGCCUGAGAGCAAGCACCACGCCAGCCUGGUCAUGAAGCAGGACCCCUACAAAGUGACCACGUUCGAGAAGCGCCUCGCGCUGGCCGUGCAAUGGCUGUGGAAGGACCCGGGCGUCCGCGCUUGCUAUGAGCGGCGGCAUGAAUUCCACCUGCUGGACUCGGCCAUGUACUACCUGUCCCACCUGGAACGCAUCACCGAGGAGGGCUACAUCCCCACAGCACAGGACGUGCUCCGCAGCCGCAUGCCCACCACCGGCAUCAAAGAGUACUGCUUCUCUGUGCAGAAAACCAACCUGCGGAUCGUGGACGUUGGGGGCCAGAAGUCGGAGCGCAAGAAAUGGAUCCACUGCUUUGAGAACGUGAUUGCGCUCAUCUACCUGGCCUCGCUGAGCGAGUACGACCAGUGCCUGGAAGAGAACAACCAGGAGAACCGCAUGAAGGAGAGCCUGGCCUUGUUCGGCACCAUCCUGGAGCUGCCCUGGUUCAAAAGCACAUCGGUCAUCCUCUUCCUCAACAAGACCGACAUCCUUGAGGAGAAGAUCUCCACCUCCCACCUGGCCACCUACUUCCCCAGUUUCCAGGAACACCUGUGCCUUUCAUGGGACUCCUCACGGGACAUCUGGCUGGCAUAGUUGGCCCCGCCGUCUCCUCCCCAUGGCCAGAGGGCACCCCUGUCUCCGGCCCCACCACCACCCUGGGGGUACCUUCAGCAUAACAGGAAAUUUCAAACAACAGGAAACAGCCCGGGCAAGGCAGCAGCUCCACCCUGCCCGGCCCAGCCACACCGGGCCGCAAUCUGCCCGGGGCCCGCUAUGAACGCCACAGGGCCCCCGGUGGCGGCCGCCGAGUCCUGCCAGCAGCUGGCAGACGAGGGGCACAGCCAGCUCAUCCUGCUGCACUAUAACCACUCGGGGCGCCUGGCGUGGCGCGGGGGGCCUGAGGACGGCGGCCUGGGGGCCCUGCGGGGCCUCUUCGUGGCCGUGAGUUGCCUGGUGGUGCUGGAGAACCUUCUAGUGCUCAUUGCCAUCACCACCCGCAUGCAGUCCCGGCGCUGGGUCUUCUACUGCCUGCUCAACAUCACGGUGAGCGACCUGCUCACAGGUGUGGCUUACCUGGCCAACAUCUUGCUCUCGGGGGCUCACACGUUCCACCUGACGCCCACCGAGUGGUUCUUUCGGGAGGGCCUGCUCUUCACGGCCCUGGCCGCGUCCACCCUCAGCCUCCUGUUCACCGCCUUCGAGCGCUUUGCCACCAUGGAGCAACUGAUGGCCCAGAGCAGGGCCACCAAGAAGGGCCGGGUCUUAGGACUCAUGCUCCUGUGCUGGCUGCUGGCUACGCUGCUGGGGCUGCUGCCAGUGCUCGGCUGGAACUGCGUGUGCCACUUCCAGCAUUGCUCCAGUCUCCUGCCGCUCUACGCCAAGGAGUACAUUUUCUUCUGUGUGACUGUCUUUGCCCUCAUCCUGGCCACCAUCACGAUGCUCUAUGGUGCCAUCUUCAGGGUGGUGCGGCUCAACGGGCGCCCAACGCCACGCUCCCGCCGGCUGCUGCAGAUGGUGCUCAUGAUCCUGGUGGCCUUCAUCGUGUGCUGGGGACCGCUGUUGGGCCUGCUGCUGGCCGACAUCUUCAGCUCCAACCUCUGGGCCCAGGAGUACCUGCGGGGCAUGGACUGGAUCCUCACGCUGGCCGUGCUGAACUCCGCCAUCAACCCCGUCAUCUACUCGUUCCACAGCCACGAGGUGUGCCGCGCGGUGCUGGGCUUCUUGUGCGGGGGGUGUCUGUGGCUCGGCAUUCGAGGCCCCGGGGACUGCCUGGCCCGCGCCGCCGAGGCCCACUCCGAGGCCUCCACCACCGACAGCUCGCUGAGGCCCAGAGACAGCUUCCGGGGCUCACGGUCCCACAGCUUCCGCAUGCGGGAGCCCCUGUCCAGCAUCUCCAGCGUCAGGAGCACCUAAGGUCAAGGCGGGGGUGACAGAAGAGCCGCCAGGCGUGUGCCCAUGCGGCGUCCUCUUCCGGCAGAAGAGGGGGGCCUGGGGCCUGCAGGGUUCAGGAGGGGUGCGUGAGAGAAGGGGUCAGCCGAGGCCCUGAGGCCCUCCCCGUGGCCUCCCCUGAUACUGAGCAGGUUCCAGAAGCCGCCGGGAGUUCCCGUGGAGAAGGAGGGGGCUGCCCGUUGGAGUAGAGAUCUCUCCGAAGGGGGCAAGUAGGUUUGCCUGCACGCUGGUGUCUGUGUGAUUCUGGGGAGUCCUGGCCCCAGGCUGCAAGGGGCAGGCUGUGGGUUUGAUGCCCUGGCAACAACGACAUUCAAUGAUGGUAUGAUCUGCUGCAGCCUCCGUCUUAUUCAUGCGUGUGCGCACGCGUGCAGAGGGGCGAUGCGUGGGCCUGGGAGCGGCCAGCGCGCAAGGGGGUGUAGCCCCAGCCGGAGAGCGUGGGUAGUCUGUGUGCUUGGGGGUGUGGUUGUGAGGGCAAGGGGUGAGUGGGGGGACGUGUGUGUCUGUGCAUGGAUGGGUACCCUCCCUAGUAUGCGUUUGUGUGAGAGACAGAGAGAGGGAGAGAGAGGAGAGAGGGAGAGAGAGGCACUGGGGUGCUGUGUGUGUUUCUGACUGUGGGUGCAUAGAACUAGUAUCCAGGGUGUGCCUGUGUGUGCUGUGAGUGUGCGUGUGGCCUGAGUGUAACAUAAACAGUAUAUAAUAUUUCUCUGCGUGUGCACAGACACUUCUGUGGGUGAGUUCUCUCGUCCGAGGGGGUGUGUGCGCAUGUGUGACCACGUGUGUGUAUACUGUGUGUGCAGUCCUGCAUACAUUGUGUGUGUGCAUGGAUGUGUAAAUGUGUGCACAGGUGCAUGCAUGAUUGUGUGUGCACACGCGUGCACAUACGUCUGCACGUGUACUGGGCAGACAUGUUUGCAUGCGUGUGUGUAUGUUGUCAACCACUCUCAUCGUAAGUGUGUAAACGAUGAGUGUGUCUGGU